AUGACCAAACUCACCACCGCCAUACCCCCCGGAUCCGGAACCCUAAUCCUCACCCGCUCCUCGCACCAAGCCCGCUUCUCGACGGUCUCCUUCUGCUACCCACUCAAGCUCAUCGUCCCGAAACGACACUUUGUCGAUGGGCUACAAUGCGUUUACCUCAUUGGCUACGGUGGCGGUAUGGUCGCCGGGGAUAGGAUCGAUCUGAAGGUCGAGGUCAGGGAUCGGGCGACGUUGGUCAUGUUGACCCAGGGUGAGUGGGGUCGGGGUUUUGUGGUGUGAGCAGGCAACGACGAGGAGAUAAGCUCCGACUCGAGGCACGUGACCUGGUCUGUGAUCCGGUCUGUGGUCUUGGGUCGGACGAUUAUGUAUCUUCCCUUGUUAUAUCUCCUUGCUUUCCUGCGAUAUUAGUACGACCGAUGCCCAGAUUGCACUGCACCAACCCACGGAGCGUGCGCUAAAGAUUCGCCCUCCCCCACCCCCACCCCUAUUUGCCCCUCUUCCGAAACCGCCUCCCGCUCUCGCAGGCUCCACCAAGAUAUUCCGCCUCCGCAAAGGUCACUACCUCACCUCCUCUUCCCCUUCUACAACCCCGCUCACCCCUACCCUCCAAACCCUAACGACGCACAUCUCCCCCUCCUCCACGUUGAUCCUCCUGCCGUCCCCUAUAACAUGUUUCGCCUCGUCCUCGUAUUCCCAAACCCAGUCCUUCCAUCUAUCAGCCGAUGGAACUAGUUCCUUGAUCCUCCUGGACUGGUACACCUCCGGACGGUCUUCGAUGGUGUCCACUUCGGUCGAUGCGGGUCGCUUGGAGGUUCAAGAAGAAGAAACCGAGGAAUGGGCCUUCGACCGCUACGAAUCGAGGAACCUAAUCCACUUGGGUUCUCGCUUGGUCGUCAAAGACGUUCUCCUCCUCGAGGAUGAAACCGCAACCACACCACUUUCCCCACAUCCAACCACACCUCAUCAAAGAACCCAUCCAACGACUUACAAAGCUCGUCUAGCGCCUUACUCCGUCUACGCGACCUUGUUCUUGUUCGGACCUCGGACCUCCUCCCUCCGAAAUCACAUCUCCACCAUCUUCUCCGAUCUAACGCAAUACCAUCAAGCGCAUCCUUACUCCCUUAUUUGGUCGUAUACGAAAUUGGAGAAGGGUCAGGGUGGGGUGGUGAGGCUUGCGGGAGUGGCGACGGAGGAGACGAAGGAUUGGAUCAGGGAGGUGUUGAGAGGCGGUGGGGUGGAGGAGUUGGUGGGGUCGGAUUUAUGGGGGAAUGUGUUUACUUGA